AUGGACGAUUUUCCAAGUGAAUUUGAUUUGGUAGUAGUUGGAACAGGAUUCAGUGAAUCAAUUAUUGCUGCUGCAGCAUCGAGAGUUGGAAAAACUGUUUUACAUGUAGAUGAGAAUGAUUAUUAUGGAGGAUUUUGGGCUUCCUUUAAUUUUGAUACUUUCGUGAGUCAUCUUGAAAAAAGUAAAGACACUCAAAUAAAAAAAUGUCGAUUAAGAAAUUGCGAGAGUCGAUGGUUAGAGUUCACAGAAGAUUGUCCUGAUAUUAAUGGAUGGAACAAAGAUAAGAUAUUGAAAGAAAGCAGAAGAUUUAACAUUGAUUUAAUUCCAAAGAUGAAUUUUUGCAACGGUAAAUUAGUUGAUCUUUUGAUAUCAUCGAACAUCUGUCGCUAUACAGAAUUUCGAGCUGUAGAUAAAGUUUUAACAGUUCUUAAUGGUCAAAUGGACAUCGUUCCUGGAUCACGAGCUGAUAUUUUUACUAAGAAGAACGUCUCUAUAAUCGAAAAGCGAUUGUUGAUGAAAUUCAUGAAUCAAUGUGUUGAAUAUGACAAGGUGAACAAUAGCGAAGAGAAAAAUGAAUUUCAAGAAUUCCCUGAAAAUGGAAAGUUCAUUGAUUUAAUGGAACAACAAAGGCUCACUGAAAAUCUCAUUCAUUACAUUCUUCACUCGAUGUGCAUGGGAAAUGAAACAACAACUUUCAAAGAAGGAAUUCAACGUAUUCGAACAUAUCUUUCAAGUAUUGGCCGAUAUGGCAACACUCCAUUUCUUUUUCCAAUGUAUGGUUGCGGUGAAAUUCCGCAAUGUUUCUGUCGGCUUUGUGCUGUCUUUGGUGGGGUUUAUUGUCUUGGAAGACCAAUAACCGAUGUGAAAACAGUCGAAUCUAACGAUGAACAAGUUGUUAUAAUGAAAUUUGGUGAUCAAAAUAUUACAACUAAGAAACUUGUUCAUGGAUUAGCAAGUGAUGUGUUGGAGACACAAGAGACAAAUGAAUUUAUAUCUCGAGCUCCAUUUGUUGAAACAUUCUUCAGAGAAGAUUAUCCAUCGGAAAAUGAAGACGACGACACCAAGCCUACAAUAAUUUUCUCAUCUUAUUUUGAAGUUCCUUCAAGUGUGAAAAAGUCGUAUACAACAGAGACACAAAACGGUCCAAUCUACAAAUGCUGUGGAGCGUUCAUGGAACUCGACUAUGACGAAUCAAUUAGGCAAUCGAAGGAACUUUAUGAAAAAAUGUAUCCUGAUGAUGAAUUUCUACCGAAAGCUCCUGAACCUGAAGAAAUCAUUAUGGGAGAUGAAGACGCGACUGAAGGGAAUGUUAACCUUGGCGUUCUUGCUGAUCUUGUUGACAGUGAAGAAAAAGAUGAUGAGAAAAAAGAAACUCCUGAAAAAGAAGAAAAUUCUGAAGUCACAACAACAUAA